UGCUCACGAUCCGGUCUCCUGUACACGCUGCUCACGAUCCAGUCUCCUGUACACGCUGUUCAAGAUCCGGUCUCCUGUGCACACUGCUCACGAUCCGUUCUCCUGUACACGCUGCUCACGAUCCGUUCUCCUGUACACGCUGCUCUAGAUCCGGUCUCCUGUGCACACUGCUCACGAUCCGGUCUCCUGUGCACACUGCUCACGAUCCAGUUUCCUGUGCACACUGCUCACGAUCCAGUCUCCUGUGCACACUGCUCACGAUCCAGUCACCUGUACACGCUGCUCAAGAUCCGGUCUCCUGUCCACACUGCUCACUAUCCAAUCUCCUGUACACACUGCUCACGAUCCAGUCUCCUGUACACGCUGCUCACGAUCCGGUCUCCUGUGCACACUGCUCACGAUCCGGUCUCCUGUACACGCUGCUCACGAUCCGGUCUCCUGUACACGCUGCUCGCGAUCCAGUCUCCUGUACACGCUGCUCGCGAUCCAGUCUCCUGUACACGCUCCUCGCGAUCCAGUCUCCUGUACACGCUGCUCGCGAUCCAGUCUCCUGUACACGCUGCUCACGAUCCAGUCUCCUGUACACGCUGCUCGCGAUCCAGUCUCCUGUACACGCUGCUCACGAUCCACUCUCCUUCUCCUGUACACACUGCUCACGAUCCGAGUCUCCUGUACACGCUGCUCACGAUCCGGUCUCCUGUACACACUGCUCACAAUCCGGUCUCCUGUGCACGCUGCUCACGAUCCGGUCUCCUGUACACACUGCUCACGAUCCGAGUCUCCUGUACAUGCUGCUCACGUUCCAGUCCCUUGUACACGCUGCUUAGGAUCCGGUCUCCUGUACACGCUGCUCACGAUCCAGUCUCCUGUACACACUGCUCACGAUCCGAGUCUCCUGUACACGCUGCUCACGAUCCGGUCUCCUGUACACGCUGCUCACGAUCCGGUCUCCUGUACACGCUGCUCACGGUCCAGUCUCCUGUACACACUGCUCACGAUCCAGUCCCCUGUACACGCUGCUCACAAUCCAGUCUCCUGUACACGCUGCUCACGAUCCGGUCUCCUGUACACGCUGCUCACGAUCCGAGUCUCCUGUACACGCUGCUCACGAUCCAGUCUCCUGUACACGCUGCUCACGAUCCGAGUCUCCUGUACACGCUGCUCACAAUCCAGUCCCCUGUACACGCUGCUCACAAUCCAGUCUCCUGUACACGCUGCUCACAAUCCAGUCUCCUGUACACGCUGCGCACGAUCCAGUCUCCUGUACACGCUGCGCACGAUCCAGUCUCCUGUACACGCUGCUCACGAUCCGGUCUCCUGUACACGCUGCUCACGAUCCGGUCUCCU